CUGCGGGGCUACUUCCAGAUGGCCAUGGCGAUGGCGAUGAAGUUGGGCCUUUCUGAACAGAACCCGCCCGCAGUCAAUGCAUCCGAGGCUGAGCGGAACAUCAGACGAUCGACAUGGGCCUGUGUUCUGCAGCUGCAUCUCACCGUGACAUCCUACAGUUAAUCACUAGACGGGAAUGGACGUCUUAUAAUAUCCGUGGACUAGAGCGCAUAAUUAUCCGACUAAUGGCACGAUUCACAGUGGAUUAUAGACAAUCCUGAUGUACGUACCAUCGCAACUCUCUCGCAAUACAUAAUCACGAGUGGCGAUCGGUUGAGUAGCUUUGUAGGAGAGUAGGCGGCUUAGUACUGUAUACAUUCAAUUAAUACAACGCAGUUUUGCAAUUGUUAUUGGCGAUGAUAACUGGCACUGGCCGAGGCACGGAGCUUGACAGCCAUGCCAUUUUGACUACCUGGGAUAGCAUUCCACAGGCGCUGCAUCGAGGGCAUCGAGGAGACGCUUUCCUUCUUCCACACUGUUCCCGACAUCGACAAGUUAUUCGGACUGUUCGAUUGGACUAUCCCCCGAGAUUCCGGGAUGGACUGGACUCCCCCAGCCUCAUGAUAGUCAUGUCAAGCUAGACAUGGUCACAGACAGUCUGGAACGUGUCUGUGUCUCCGACCUUCUGCCCGUUUUCAGGGAUAAAAUGACAUGCCACAUGCGAGUGCGCAGAUCCUCUGGUCGACCCGACAGCUCAUUCGCAGGUCCGCGGGAAGCUGGCAAGGGCUACGGCGUCCGGCUCCUGUCCAAGCUUACUGGAAGGCGUCAGGGAAAGUACAGGCCCGAUCGCGUCACAGUCCGCACUCGGCUCCUCGCUGGACUUUGUGAGUCGAUACCCUGAAAUGCUUCCUCUCUUCCCUGGGCGUUGGACGUUCCCAGGCCAUAAUAAAGUUGCAUCUUAGGCGCUCAGGAUAGGACCCGCCCGCAGCAUCUGGAACUGUCACGUGUGCGCCCGAGGAGGAAGGACGAAUUGGGCGAGUUGUAUUUUUAGAUCCGGAUGCAUUCGUCCCCUCUCCACAGAAAACAUGGCACUGGCGCGCAGCCUGUCAUCCUGCAACUCGGAGGACGUGUGUGAUUUUGAUCGGAGACUGAACAGUCAAAAUGACAUUCGCAUGUGAAGACGUCAUCGAUUGAGAAGAAGAAUGUAUUUGACGAUAUAUGGACUCAUUGCUGUGCCAGACAGCUGUUGUGCGAUGGAGAGAGUUGCAAUGACGGUCGAAGCCCCUAACCUUCUCGGCCCGGUAUACCCGCUCACCAUGUGUGAUCCGCUGAUUAUCAGCAUAGCCAUGGCGACUUCCCCGCGCUUCGGAAGUGUCAAUGAUAAUGGCAUCGGGCUCUUUCGGUACUCUGGGGAUUUCAUUGCCCAUGCUACGGCGCGCAGACAAAGCGCCAGUCAGGCGGGCUAUUGCUAUAUAGACUGCGGUCGAUAUCCUCGACACCUGAAGCGUCUGUUAUCAUCAAGUCGGAGUCUCCGUGGAAACUCAACAGUUCAAUAUCCCGUUGGACUGAUAGUAUUAUUUGGCACUGUCGGCCCGUCACAGCCAGUCACCUUCUCUUUUCGAUACUCACCAUCCCUGGGAGGCAGAGCCUCUAUUUCCUUCGCAACAUACAGCAGCGCUGCUAUACCCCUUCUUUAUUUAGCCCUCCAUGUCGGACGUCGAUGCUCUGCUCCCGGACGGGUCGGUCUGGUUGAUGAAGACGGCUUACACGCUUCGGGAAGUUCACGGAGUUUCGGUUCUUGUUGUGUUUUCGUGCUUCUCUCUCAUCGCUGUCGUCGGUCUGUUGGGGGCCAUCGGGUUAUCCGCUUUCAACACUCGCUCUUCCUUGGAUCAACAUCUUUUCGUCCGAACGCAUGUCGCGGCGUACUUCCUCUCGCUUCUGUUGGCGGAUAUGAUUCAGGCAAUUGGUUCCAUCAUGAACGCAAAGUGGAUUGCGGGGAUGGUGACCGAAGUUGGUUCUUUCUGUACCCUCCAGGGGGUGUUGAAGCAGACGGCUGAUGUGGCCACGGCGUUUUGGACAUUGGUGAUCGCCAUCCACACAUUCUGCCUGCUGUUCUUGGAAAUCAAGUCCAGCCGCUUCACGCUGAUGACGACUCUCAUCGCUGGGUGGGCCGGUAUCGGGACCAUCGUCAUCGCUGGACCCGCGUCUAUGAACACCAGCAAGCACGGCCCGUUCUUCGGCAUCUCCGGAUACUGGUGUUGGAUCGCGCCAAACUAUCCUCACUCGCGGGUCACCCUGGACUACAUGUUUGCAAGUCCUGGCGCCUAUAUCCAAGAAUGUUAUCUAAUCGAAAACAGAUGUACAUCGCCGCCAUCUUCA